AUGGCCGGAGCAAUGCUGCUGGUCUGCGCCACAACGGGCGCGACGAGCUCGACCGCCGUCGCUAAGCUCACGGACCUGCUCGGCGGCGAGCGCGGCAAGCUCCUCCUCGGCGGCGUCCAGGACGAGCUCGGCGGCAUGGACGCGCUGCUGCAGCGGCUCGCCGGCAUUGAGGACGAGGGCGGCCAGCUGGGCGCGAAGGCCCGGGAGUGGCGCCGCGAGGUGCGCGAGCUGGGCUACGACGUCGAGGACUGUGUCGACAUGUUCACGCAGGCGCUGGCGCGGCGCGGCGGCGGGGCCGCGGCCGGGUUCGUUCGGAGGAAGACGGUGCGUGGCAUGGUGCUGUGGUGGGAGAGCAGCAAGGUCGCCGGCGAGGUGCACGAGCUCCGCGUCCUCGAGGAGGGCACCGCCGUAAGCGCCACCGCAUUGACGGUUAGAAAUGCAUGCAAUUUAUAA